CCUGAUAAGAUUUACACAAUCGACGGAUUGAUUUUUCUCUGCCAUUCUCAUUUAGUUCGUCACCUUGAUAUCAAUUGGCUCACUCUUGUGCAACCCUCCACUUGCUGUGCUCUUGAGAUUUUGCCGCUACAUUGUGACAAACUCCAGCAAAAACUUCCUGCCAUCAUUCUAAGGCAGCAACUCACGCCGAACAGAUCCACACCUGGUGUCCAGAAACAUGAAGAGUGUCCUUGUGCUGCUCACCCUCUUGCCCGUCAUUUUUGCCGAUGACUUCUGCCUCCUGAAAGCCUCCUUCGAGAUCAACAAUCGCGUCAGCACAGAAUGCAAAGUUCCCGCCAAUUUGACCACUCCUGCUGACGUGGAGAUCCUCAAAGUCCUCUGCACGACAGAUGAAGAGGCGCCAGCGGAAGUGCAAAUCCUCACUGCCAAGCAGACAGAGUUCGGAAACCGUGAUAUUUGCACUGAAGGAGGCACAAAAACGCCCGGACUGUUUACGUGGAUCGCCUGGAAGGACUUCCACUUCACGCUGAGGCCACUGAUCAACCAGCUGAGUGAGGCGAACGUGUUCGUGGGGCGGGACAUCACCGGGAACAUCUGCAGGCUCAACAUCACGUCAGCCAGUUGCCUGAACAGCGAGAAAAGCGAAGAGGCGGCAGUUGACGUGAAGGAGGUCCUGCUGGAGCGCCUUCCUGUGGCUUACGAACUGACCAACAUCGUGUACGAUCGGUGGCGCAACGUGACCUUCCUGAACCAGACAGUCCUGACCUCUGUGAAUCUCACCAAUGCCCAGCAUAAGACGGACUUCGUCGAGGCACUCGUGCGCUUCGACUUCGAGAAGAAGAUCAACAUAACGCUGCUCGAGGGACUCGCGGCCGGCGUGCCCAUCAUCCUGCACGAGGAUCAGGGCACGCUGAGGUACACAGUCGGCGAGGUGACGAAGAAGAUGCAGUCCGGCAUCGUGUCCGUGGUGAAGAGACUCCCGGCCAGCACGUCCGCGAUGGUGCGCGUCGUUGGCACUGAGACUUUGUCCGUCAUCCACAUGUCCGCCAAACUGACCACAAUCUACGCUCGGGAUGAUCAGGGAGUGGACAAGAUCGAAGAGGGUGACGUUCAGACGUCGUGCAUCGAGACUGGAGUGAUGGACGUGCGUCCCGAGGAGACAGUGUCCAUCCACAUCGACACACCGGGAAGCGGAGGAGGGCCCAAGGCGCCCCAUGAAAUCACCAAGAGUCCAACUCUCCCUCCAAUCUACAUUCCGCCGUCCACGGAAAAUCCACCGAUUUCCCUCUUCCAGAAUCCCGGCCCAAUCUAUCCAGGCUUCAAGACCUUCUCCACCAUCGGCGCCAUUCUCUUCUUCUCCGUUUUCAUCAUAGCCAUGACAGAUGUGGCGAGGAAGAUCAUCCAAGCGCAGCGACAGAAGGAUCGCAAACUCAGGCGAGAUUAUUAGAAAAAGAGAGAAAUUUAAUAGUGUUCUAUGGAAAUA